UAGGACGCUUGCGGUGUUUUCCGGAAAAUACGGUUCUUCUUAUGUGCGUCGUCCGUAAGAAAGUAGAGGCAAAAUUAAAUUAAUAGAAUAAAAAAUAAUUUUCCAGAUGAAGAAAUGGUUGUUGUUGUAAGUGUUAAAAGCUUUGGUACAGUCAGGUGCAUUAAUGUGAAGGUCCGAGGUGGUAGUGACAGUGUUUGUUGAGCUAGCUAGCCAGCCGAUAUCACGAUGACUGCGGAUUUACUUUCUGAUCUGGACAGUCGCUUUUUCGCCGAUAAUCUUCUGACAAGUGAAGACUGGGAUGCCUGCUUGUACCAGUGUGAGAGCAUGGAGGAGGGCGAGGAUAGCGAUUACAGCCAGCGACUGACAUACGAGACAUCGUUUGACAAUGGCCUUGUGCUCACCCUCGAUCCUGACGACUCCUCGUCACCAUGGAAACACCUUGACGACAACCUCCUCACAGGUGACAGUCCUAUGCUAAAAAAUGAAAUGACGAUUACUCAGCCAUUGCCAGUGGAAAUGUUGUUCCAGGUGAAAGCAGAACCUCUGUCCCCUCCUUCGUCUCUCGGUUCUGAACGCUCAGCAUUAUCACCGGAUCCACAGGUAACAGUGAAAGGAGAAAACCCACCGACUCCUCCGUACAUGUAUGGAGAUGUGCUGUCACCUCCACUGGGCUCCAUGGAGGUCACCGUGGCAACGGCAACCGUAACCCCGCUGCACACACAGAUGCCGGUUGUAACACAGACACAUCUGCAAAAUCCGCUGCCAACACAGAUUACAGGAGUCCUCAGCGGGCUUCAGACCCAGGGUUCAGUGUUGCCGUGCUCAACCGAGCACAAGGCCAACACCAUCCUGAGCGCGAAACCGCCCAUCCAACCCCGACCCGUUUGUGUCACCAACCUGCCUGUCCCACAAACCCCCACAUCAGCCAAAACCCUCAUCCUGCAGAGCGUCUCCUCUGUGGACCAAACCAGACCAGCUCCGGCCAUUGUCAAAAUGGAGCCCAUGUCUCCCAGCAUCCCUCAGCACUGCUCCAGCACCACAGCGCCCCCCAGCAGCAAGCCCAUCGUCCCAGCAUCCCCCACACUGCCUGGCAACAACUCCAGUGACAUUGAUAUGAAGGUUCUGAAGCGGCAGCAGAGGAUGAUAAAGAACCGGGAGUCAGCCUGCCAGUCCAGGAAGAAGAAGAAGGAGUACCUACAAAACCUGGAAGCCCAGCUCAGGGAGGCACAGCAGGAGAACGAGCGCCUCCGCAGGGAGAACCAGGCUCUGAGGGAGAGGCUGGCGAGGAAAGAGAGCGGUGACUCUGCAAGCAACAAGAGAGCGGUGUGCGUCAUGGCCAUUCUUCUGUUCGUGACCUUCAGUUUUGGACCUGUCAGCAUCACAGACAGAACGCUGUCGACGGGCCUGCAGGAUGCUGUGGUGUCGCACUCGGGACGCCAUCUGCUGCAGAUCGAACAGCAGCAGCAGCACGCGGCAGCAGCUCCGCCCCCCAGCAGAGUGCAGGACAGGACGGAGGACGAGAGAGGAGAUGAGCGGCCGGAGCGAUACGCUGCGGAAUCCUACCAGAACCUGAGUGAUGCCUUCACUGUGGUAAAGGACCUGGUUCUGCAGGACAUCGACCAUUACCUCACCUCAUCAGACUGCCGACAGUUUAACCGCUCUGAGUCUCUCAGGCUGGCAGACGAGCUGAGAGGUUGGGUCCAUCGACACCAGAUUGACCGUAAGAAAUCUGGAGUGAAACCAAAAACAGCCAAGAAGGCGAAGAUUUCUCAGAAAGCACAGCUGAGGAAGAUGAACUUCUCCAGAUAUCUUCCGAUCCAGGCUCAUCGAUCCAUCGAAAGUCAGCUGCAGGUUGUUUCUGGCCCUGAGGUCACCUACAGCGACUUCUUGGAUGCUAUUGACCGCAGAGAGGACACGUUCUACGUCGUCUCUUUUCGGCGGGACCAUCUGCUGUUACCCGCCAUCAGCCACAAUAAAACUAGCAGACCCAAGAUGUCGCUGGUCAUGCCGGCCAUGUCCGUUAACGAAAGCCUGUAUAACUCUUCACAGGGCUAUGAGAUGAUGAUGCAGGUUGACUGCGAGGUCAUGGACACUCGCAUCAUUCCCAUCAAGUCCUCUGCUGUGCCACCUUCCCUUCGUGAUCCGCCUCCUCCCAGCGGCGCUACCACAACAACUCUCAUCACCAGGGAAACCAAACCUCUCUGCGAGGGCGUCACCAUCAUCACUCCUCCUCCUCAGCAUCCUCUGCUUCUUCCUCCUCAUCAUCUCCACGGCAACCUGUCCCUGCCCGCCGACAGGCAUCGGAAUAUUUCAUUAGUCAGUCGGAAGGAGACUAGAGGCAUCGUCAUGGCAACCUCGGGAAGAGGACAAGGAGGCAUGGUUGGAAAACAGUCUGACGGAAGAACAGUUGAAGGUUUGAAGCAGGAGGUGAAAAUGAAGAAAUGUUGAAAUGUUUUAAUUUUAUGGUAAUAGUUUGAUCCAGUCUCCCAAAGUCUGAAAAAGGGGGGGAACAAGAAAAAAUAAAUAACUAAACCUCCGUCAAACACCUGUUUGGGGGAAAAAGUGAAGAAAUUGAAAUGGGAGAUUUUAGGCUUUGACAUUAGAUGUCAA